AUGUCAUUAAUGGAGGUAUCUCCCGAAAGAGGUGAAAAGGGUAUACAGAACGGUAUGGAUAAUGCUCUAUUUUCUCAACCUCAGGCGGAAGGGUCUAAAGAGGUGCAACAGAUGGCAGGUACAGUAAUGUGCUCGUUAAAUAAACAAUCUCAUUCACCUACAUCAUCUUCUUUCUUUAUGGAUCAUCUGUAUGAGCUAAGAGGCAGACAAAAUUACACCGUGGAUGACGAAAGUGGACUCAGGAGGGAUAAAGAACCACCAGACAGGGGCUUUUACUCUGAUCAAGAAAGCUCAAAAAAUUGGGCUGAUUCAAGUGAAGAUGCCACUGUAAAUGAAGAUCAAGGAAUUAUCUUGCUAAACCAAACAACAGUGAACUACUCCGACUGCAGUACUGGGCAUAGUCCCAGAGCUGGGGAUCAUGACUCAUUUUGUUUCUACAACUGGUUUUAUCAGAUUUUAUCUUUGGUAAACAUUGAAGGCUUUCCACGGUUCUGCUCAGAGGGUUUUCAGUUGGAUUUCCAGCUGGUCUCAACGGGUUUCCAGCUGGUUUUCCAUGAUUUCUUUGUGGUUCUCUGCUGCUUUCUUGUCGCUGCUGCUGGCCGCCUUUGGUCUCUUUUUCUUCAGCUGGUUUUGCUGAUUUUCUCAUGGUCUCUCAGUGGUUCUUUCAUCUGCUUGACGCUGGCUAUUGGUCUGCUGCUAUGGGUUUCUCUGUUGCUGCUUCCUUCGGCAGUCAGCUGGGGAUUUGUUCUCAGCGGGCUCUCAGUUGCUGUGUUGGUUCUGGGCUUAUGUUCAUUCCUCAUGGUUUUCAUCAUCUCGCAGUUGCUGUCUCUUGGGUUUCCAGCUUUCCUCCAGCUGAAUUUUCUGGAUCUUCAGCUGGACUCUCAGCUGGCUUUUGCUGGCCUUCAUGUCCCAUUUUAUGUCCUUUUCUUUUUUGAUGGUUUAUGCCACAUUGGCUUCCUUGUUUUUGUUAAAGCCCGGCUUCCUUGCUUCUUGUAA